AUGGACGGCGGAAUGCGCGGCAUCUCGGCGGGAGGAGCGAGCGACGAUAUGGCCGACGAGGUGGGUGACGCAGCGGGCGAGAGAACUGACGACACAGGCGACGAAUUCGGCGAAGCUACGCCGACAGCGCUGCUCCAGAGUCAGCAGAGUCCGAAGAUCAACGUGCUAUCACAUUCCCCAAUCAAGAACAGCCACUCUGUGAAUCCGGACGCGCCGCGUCCAACCCCAGCGAGAGCGACAGCAACAGGGGUAGCGGCGGGGGCGGCGGAAGUCAUAGUGCCGCCGUUCUUCCGCAGCCCGCCGCCAUCUGGAGCCGCGAAAAUUGCCUCCUCGGGGGCUGCGGGGACGGCGUUUUCUCCCCCGGAUUCCGCGUACAAGCGCCAAGGAGAAAGCCUAAUCGAAGAUGGGUCUCCCCGGGAGCGCAGCAGGAGGAAGCGCGAGCCGCUCGCCACCGCCGCGGCCGCUGGCGGCGGCGGAGGCGGCGGAGGGAGCGGAGGGAGCGGAGGUGCUGCUGCUACAGCUGCAGCUGCUGGUUCUGCCGCCGUUUCUGCUACCACUCUCCGGGGCCGCGGUAAAGCAAGGAGGGAUGGUUCAGCAGCAGCAGCAUCGCGGGAGUUUGAAGACUCGUGCAAUAAGAUGCUUGCCUCUGCUGAUGGUACCGCUGCCGCUGUCGCUACCACACCCCGGGGGCGCGGGAAAGCAAGGAGAGAUGGCUCAGCAGCUUCCCGGGAGUUUGAAGACUCAUGCAACAAGAUGCUUGCCUCUGCUGAUGGUACUGGCGCUGCUGUUGCUACCACUCCCCGGGGACGCGGGAAAGCACGGCGAGAUGGUUCUGCAGCAGCAGCAGUAUCAACGGCAGCAUCGCGGGAGAUUGAGGACUCGUGCAACAAAAUGCUGGCUGCCGAUGGUACUGCCGCUGCUGCUACCACUCCCCGGGGGCGUGGCAAGGCAAGGAGAGAUGGUUCAGCUGCAUCGCGGGAGUUUGAAGACUCGUGCAACAAGAUGCUUGCUGCGGCCAUCGCCCGCAACCUCCGCGCCCGGCUCGCAUCAUCCCAGCAACAGCCUCAGCUGCAGCCGCGUCAGCAGAAUCUGCAGCCGCGUCAGCAACAACCUCCCACUCACAUCACCAGCAGCACAAGGUCUCCGAAACAGCUUCAACCGCAGCAUGUAUGGGACGAGAGUGCACCCUUACCCAGCCCUGCAUCGCACGCUGUGGCGCAUGGGCGUGCAGGGAUGGAAGGUCUGGGCCAGUCAUUCAACACAUCGCCCUCAGAAGUUUCCGGAAACUGGGCUCCCAUGGACGUUACUCCAGGACCAGAGCCUCGAGACGGUCCGGUAUAUCCAAUUGGUUCAGGAUCCCAGAUCGGCAGUGGCUAUGGUGGUGUUGGUGGUGGCGGUGGUGGUGGCGGUGGCAGUGGCGGUGGUGGCAGAGGUAGAGGUGAUGCCGGUGGUGCCGGUGGUGCUGCUGAUACUGUUGAUGUUGAUGCUGGUAACGCGGACGAUGCCAUUAGCAGUGCUCCGAUGGAUCUGUCCGGCCACCAAUUUGGAGGCGAACCUAACGAGGCCUUUUUGUUGAAACCAGGCGCGGCGACAGUAACCCGGAGCCUCACCGUUCCUCUGCAGCACGACCUGUCUCUCGGGCUGAAUCGGCCGGUCGGGUUCGGAUCCCUCUCGUGGCCACGAUCCGCCUCAGCUGCUGCUGCUCCAGCAGCCUACGCCAGCGCUGCCGCUGCUGCUGCUGCUGCUGCUGCUGCUGCUGCUGGCAAUGCUGCUGAUAAUCAUUCUGUUGAUGGGAAGCAUGUCAAGGGUGUCCCAGCUUCUCUCGUCGGGACCACCACUGUAGUCGGCUGGCCCGCCCCUGCCCCGUCUGCUCCUGUUGCUGCUGAUGGCAAUGCUGCUGGUGGCUAUCCUGCUGAUGGAAAUGCUGUUGAUGGGAAGCAAUUCAAGGGUGCCCCAGCUUCUCUCCUCGGCACCACCACUGUAGUCCCCUGGCCCAGCCCGGCCCCGUCUGUUGCUGUUGCUGUCUGGCCAGCCUCACAGGCUGGUGCAUCUGCUGCUGCGGCUAAUCUGACAGGUGUUUUUGAGAGUAUAAAAAAACCAUCCUCGCAGGGUGGUGUGUCUGCUGCUGUGGCUGACCUGACAGGUGUGGUGCACAGAUUGCCAUCCAGUGAGCAAAUUCCCUUGACGUCCUUUCAAACCUCUCAAGCCACUCAGGCCUCUCAUCCCACUCAGGUCUCUCAGACCUCACAGACCUCUCAUGCCUUUCAGGCCUCUCAAGGCCCGCACGCGCACCUGAAAGGCUUUGACACUAUCCCUCCUCCGGCCAUGCAUGCUCCAGGCGUGCACACUCCAGCCAUAGACGCUCUCGGCAUGGACGUUCCACGCUUCCACGCUCCUUCCCCUCCUCUCACCCCUGCCGCGCCGCCUCCCUCUGCUACCGACACUGCAACCCCGUCCGUGCAUGCAUCCUCAUUCUCCGAUCCCACAGCCAUUCUCCACUCCUCCUCGCUCUCGCCUCCCAUUCCCGUCAUGGUCCAUGCUGCCACUGUAGCAUCCUUGCUGAUUGUGAAGACGUUGGGUGGUGACGUGGCACGAGCCGAGGCGCAAGAGUACGGACGGAUGGAUAUCGUGGCGGAUUGUGAUUCGGCGCUCUUUGGCGGGAGCGACGCGGGAGGCGAGGAACCUGAGAAGAAGAAGGCGAAGAAUGAGACGCGACAGACGGUAUGGAUGAGCCACGGCGACGAGGCGACGAAGCUUCCAGAUGGCUUCAAAGUGGUGGCGCGCAGCGACCAGGGCACGGUGGUGGCGAUUGAGUGCACGACACGCAAGAUGUUCGGCCUGCAAUACCACCCUGAGGUGACCCACACCCCCAGGGGCAUGGAAACCCUUCGCCGUGUGGUGUUUGACAUCGGGGGCGCGCACGCUGAUUGGCAGAUGCAGGAGGUUCUGGAUGAGGCGAUCUCAGCCGUCCAAGCGGCAGUGGGGCCGGUGAAGCAUGCGGUGUGUGCCCUGUCGGGCGGCGUUGACUCGACUGUAGCGGCCACGCUGGUGCACAGGGCGAUUGGGGACCGCCUGCACUGCAUUUUUGUCGACAAUGGGCUGCUGCGGUUCCAGGAGCAGCAGCGGGUGAUGGCAAUGUUUGAGGCGGACCUGCAUCUGCCAGUCACCUGUGUGGACGCGUCUGACCGCUUCCUCUCCAAGCUCAGGGGCGUCACGGACCCCGAGAGGAAGAGGCGCAUCAUCGGGGCGGAGUUCAUUGGCGUGUUUGAUGAUUUUGCGAGUGAACUGGAGGCGAAAUUGGGCCACCGACCCGAGUGCCUGGUGCAAGGUACACUGUAUCCGGACGUAAUUGAGUCGUGCCCGCCGCCUGGCAGUGGGAAGAAGCACUCGCACACCAUCAAGAGCCACCACAACGUGGGUGGUUUACCCGAGAAUAUGCGCUUUACCCUCGUGGAGCCCCUUAAGUGGCUGUUCAAGGAUGAGGUGCGCAAGAUUGGAGCUCUCCUCAACGUCCCCGCCUCCUUCCUCUCCCGCCACCCCUUCCCCGGACCUGGCCUUGCGGUUCGGGUGCUGGGGGACGUGUGUGCGGACGGGGCACUGGACACCAUCCGCCAGGUGGAUGAGAUCUUCAUUAAUGCAAUCAAGGAGGCCGGCCUGUACGAUCAGAUCUGGCAGGCGUUUGCCGUCUUCUUGCCGGUGCGGUCGGUGGGAGUGCAGGGGGACCGGCGCACCCACUCCCAUGUGGUGGCUUUGAGGGCCAUCACCAGCCAAGACGGCAUGACAGCAGACUGGUUUGAAUUUGAUACCAAGUUUCUCCGUGAGGUAUCGGCUCGCAUCUGCAACAGUGUGAGUGGUGUAAACAGGGUAGUGUAUGACAUCACAUCCAAGCCGCCAGCUACUGUCGAAUGGGAAUAG